UCAGAACUCUAUUAUUCCAUCUCCAUCAUUAUUUGUUCUCUUUAUCGCUUAUAAAUUGCUUCAAACCCUUACACCAAUCUCACCACAUACCAACUUUCAAUAUACUUACUUACUUAGCUCUUAAGAUCACUCACUCUUCUUAGAGACCCAAAAAAGAAAAAAAACAGAGUAUAUUGAUAGAAAGUAGUCUCUUCCAACAAAAAAGAAAGAAAUGGCAAUUCAACCAAGUUUUCCCAUUGUUGACAUGGCAAAACUCAGCACUGAUGAGAGAAAAACAACCAUGGAGUUGAUCAACGACGCUUGUGAGAACUGGGGUUUCUUUGAGUUGAUGAACCACGGAAUAUCACGUGAACUGCUGGACACGGUUGAGAGGCUAACAAAGGAGCACUACAGACAGUGCAUGGAGCAAAGGUUUAAAGAUAUGGUGAAAAGCAAAGGCCUUGAGGCCGUACAGUCCGAGAUCGACGAUUUGGAUUGGGAAAGCACCUUCUUCUUACGCCAUCUUCCCACUUCAAACUUGUCCCAAAUCCCCGAUCUUGAUCAAAACUACAGGGAUGUGAUGAAAGAGUUUGCUGGAGAAAUAGAAAAACUAGCUGAGCAACUUCUGGAUUUGUUGUGUGAGAAUCUUGGGCUUGAAAAAGGCUACCUCAAAAAUGCAUUUUACGGAUCCAAAGGCCCAACUUUCGGAACUAAGGUCAGCAACUACCCACCCUGCCCAAAACCCGAACUUAUUAAGGGCCUCCGGGCCCACACCGACGCCGGAGGUCUCAUACUUCUCUUCCAAGACGACAAGGUCAGUGGUCUUCAGCUCCUUAAGGAUGGUGAAUGGAUUGAUGUUCCUCCCAUGAGACACUCCAUUGUUAUCAACCUUGGUGACCAACUUGAGGUAAUCACGAACGGAAAAUACAAGAGCGUUAUGCACCGUGUGAUAGCUCAAUCUGACGGUAACAGAAUGUCAAUAGCAUCUUUCUAUAACCCUGGAAGUGACGCCGUUAUCUUUCCAGCGCCGGCAUUGUUGGAAGAAGCUGCAGCCAAUGAGGGCCAGAGCGAAAGCCGAGCCAUUGUGUACCCAAAGUUUGUGUUUGAGGACUACAUGAAGCUAUACGCUGGGCUGAAAUUCCAAGCUAAGGAGCCAAGGUUUGAAGCCAUGAAGGCCAUGGAAACCACCGUCAAUGUGGGCCCUAUCGCAAUUGUUUGAGAUUGUAGGAACAAUUAUUAAAAAACGACAGCAAAAACAGAUCAUGGGAUUUAGUUAAAUUAUUAGUUUGCGUCGUAUAUAUAUGUACUCUCUGUGUCUUGUUAUUAAUUAGUUUAUGUUUUAUUAAGGAAUAUAUAUGGGUGUUUGUUUGUUCUAUGAUGUUCUUGUAAGUCAUAAUAGUAACUUCUAUAUUAUAUUAUAAUAUAAGCUUAAGUUGUAUGAAGUAAAUAAUAAUAAUAAUAUUAAUCUAUAGUAAUAGUUCGUGUUGUGUGUUUA